GAGUCAUUCGCAUGCACUGGAUGGGUAAGGCUUCCUGCUUCCUGGGACACAGAAGUGGGGUCAUGAUUCUAACAAUGGAUGCUGGUAAGUCGCUUGUAAUUAAAUUUGUCUUUGAUUUUUCUGGGAAGUUUUGCCUUUCCCUCCUGUCUCCGGCUGCAGAAAAGAUAGCUGUAAAUUAGGAAGCUGAAUGUUAAAUAAAGACAUGCCUACUUUAAGCUGUGUGCACUCUACUGUGUGGUUUUUCUGGACUGUUAUUCACAGAAGCACAUAAACUCUCUUGCAGUGCAAGACCAUGGUACCAAAGUUGUGUUUAUUCAUUCGUACGUCUGUCUUCAUUGAGACAAAGCCUAUGGCCUGAGAAGUAGUAUCAUUUUGGUAUGAUACAAGUCAGAUUUUACACUUUCAGUAAAGAGCUAGAGACAAACUAAUGUGUUGGCUGUAGCUUGCUCUACUUUGUGCUUACAGAAAUCUCAUGCUGGGGAGGAAGGGGAAGAAAGUGCUGCAUUCCCACGACAAUCAGUUCUGUUUUUUGUGUUUAUAGCUAAGGAAGUAUGUGUGAAAAGAGCACAUGCAGCAUUUUUAAUUUUUUUUUUUUUAAUUUACCGUGGAAGUGAAAUCUUUAACAUAAUACCCUGUGUGACAGGGAGGAUGAAUGCCAGCAGUAAGAUGUAGGGUGGUAUGCCUAAAAGAAACAAGGAAUCCCAGCUGUGCUCCUCGAGGAGGGGGCUGUGUUUCCAUAUCAUAGCCCGCAUCCUUCAAAUUCCUCAGCAAAAAAAGUUCUAAGAUGUUAAAUGGUCAUGGGUAGGGCAUAAAGCGCCAGCACUUGUGCUCUGGCAGCAUGCUGACGACUGCUCUUUCUCGUACCAGUUGCAAGCAUGCUUGCUGCAUUCUAAGAGCUCUGUUGAACUUUUGUCAGCAAUUGGUUCAGCUACUUUUCCACCAGUGUGCAGAAGCAGCACAAUGUGACAAGUCCUACAAGCAGCAAUCAAAGUGAUGAACUUAUUCAGGCACAUCUUGCAGGUCUGUUUAAUCUACUUGUCACAUGCUCAGUUUACUCCAUGCUAAUGAAAAGCUCUCUGUCCCCUGUACGUCUGGAUUAAUUUGUUUGGGCACUUGCUAGGGCCUAAAGGGAAACUCUGUGCCCUCUUCCAACUCUGACUUUUCUGAGACUUGCAGAAAGUGACACAGCUGGGCUCUCCGUGCACUGUUUGAAGGAAAUGACAAACCUCUUCAUUUAACCCACCCACACUUAAUUGAUGUUACUUUGUCAUCCACUGUCACUGCAGACACAGUUGAAGGCAGUGACUCCUGUGUUUGAUGUAUGUUGCAUACUUUGCAAAGCCCAGGCCCUUUAAUUGAGAUGAUGAGAUGAUAAAAUGAACAGAAGCUCAGAGAGGAGUGAGGUAGCAUACAGCUGACAAAGGGGUGCAGAAUUUUCCACGGUGGGCUUAUUUUUUAUGUUUUAUUUUGUCACUUUGAUUAGCUUGUAGGGGAGCCAAAUUUCGGGCCCUUCCUAACGCAGUUUGAGCACUGGGAGUUAGUAAUGCUCUUCCCUCUGCUUUGUGCAAGGAGAACCAAUGUCUGUGCUAGAUGUUGCACCUGGUAUUACAGGAGGCAAUGUGCAGGCUGACAGUGCUCCCAGCAGAGAACAGAUUCAGACUUUGUGCACAGGGCACAUCAUCCCUGUCGGAGUCCUGGAGUUCCUUCACUGUAUUGGAGUAAUUUAACUCUUUGUUUUGGAAAGACUGGGGAGACGUUAAUAAUACACAGUUAAAAAUAUAUCUGUUGUUUAUGUACUUGUGUGCUGCUGCUUUGCACCGUGAAGUGAACCAGAAAGAUACCGCUGCUCAUCUGCGCUCCCCGGAUCCAAAGGGGAUCUCCUUUCAGCACAGUGCCACUGCACUGAGCGCUCAGGGUCGCAGGGCUCUGGCAGCCCUCGGGGUGCUUUUCAUGGUUCUGUUGACUUACAUUGUUAGCAAGAACUCAUUUUGGAAGCUCCCAGGUACUGAAGAGUUCUGAAAUUGUAGUCCUGAGCUUCUUGGUGGGAAAAUGGUUCAAAAUGCUAGAAAGGAAACACUGUAAUAUAAGGGUUUAGCAGUGAGUCCUAGUGCUUCACAGUUGUGUUUAAGCUACGAUAAAAAUAUGCAAGCAAUUCAGUACCUUAAUCUGGGCCAUGGAUAGCACGCCAUGAAGUUUUAUCUGCUUAUUUUUACCCACCUUUUAAGGCUGAGCCAACUGCUCUUGGGACUGUUUGCUUAUUUCAGAUUGUAUGUUUGCAUUACACAUCGGGGCUGAUUUAAAAAAAAUUACUGGCAUCAAAUGCUUCAGAUGUUUUUAACAUAGCAAAUCCUUUUCUCCCGAAGAGAACUGUAAAAAUACAUGCUUGUUUGUUUCUGUCCUUAUGAAACACAUUUUAUUCUGUCGCAUUUGUCCCUGCAGCAUUUAAUUUCUUGUAGGAGAGGGACUUUAAAAGUUGGGGAUGGGGGGAAUAAAAAGGAAAGCUGCAAGACAGAGCUGACAGUAUAAUUGGAUUUGAAGCAGCUACAGGCUGGGACUGUUGGAACAGCUGAUUUGAUCCUUCUGAGUUUCAAGAGCUAUUUAUGGUAGAUUAGCUGUAUCAAAGCUCUACUGUUCCAACCAUAAAAGGCCGGUCCUAUGCGAAGUUGCCACACUGCAUUUGGCUUAGUCCUCCGAGGUUAGAGAGCCUAUAGCUUUUUAUGUGGAUAAAUCCAGUGAUGGAUGGAAGUACUAAAGGCAGACCGAGGAGUAACAUUGUCGAGGACUUCAGAUGGCAGCGAACUCUUAAAAGGAGAUUUUCACUAAUAAAUUUGCGGUUCUGAUGUUUGGAAUCAGUGCUUGGGAUAUAGCUCCUGCGUGUGCACUGCAUCGGGUGAACGCAUGCUUUUAGGAAAGCGUUGUUCUAAAUUUAUCUGACUUAUCUGAAUCAUCUUGACUGCACAUGUACUCGCCAGCCUUGCAUGUUGAUAUCUGGUAACUUUGUGAAGUCACUUUUCCGUUUUAUUAGCGGUGAGCAUUUAGUCCUUUGGAAAGGAACCUUAGCUGAAGUGAGAAACUUCUCUAAAACAAGAAUCAUGAAAUUCUUGGCUCACGAGCGCUGCAGGAGUUAUCAAUUUUGACAAAGGAAACUCAGUUAGAUUUAAACCUUCACGACUGCUCCACAGGAAGAGAGCGUUAAGUUUUCAGAAGGAGUUCUCAUUUGAAGAUAAAGAAGAACUUGCAAACAGCACGAAGGAUAUUGAUGCAAACCUCUUAGCAGUACUUCCAAAAGUUUCAGAAUUAAGAAAACUGUUUGAACCAAACAACCAAGAGUUUUUGGAAAUGAAAAGAAAGGAGAGAAUAGCUAGACGCUUAGAGGGAAUUGAAAAUGAUACGCAACCUAUGCUUCUACAGAACUGCCCAGGGUCAGUCACACACCGUUUACUAGAAGAAGACACACCAAGGUAUAUGCGUGCAACUGAUCCAUACAGUCAUCACUUAGGAAGAUCAAAUGAAGAGGAGGAAGCUUCAGAUUCUUCUGUAGAGAAACAACCCAGAUCAUCCAGAUACCGCACAGAAACCACAGGAGGAAAUACAGAGUCUUUGUACAGUACAGGAAACAUGGAUACCCAUGAACUAGAGUCUAAAGCAGAAAGAAUAGCUAGGUACAAGGCAGAGAGACGGCGCCAACUGGCAGAAAAGUAUGGAUUAUCUCUUGAUUCUGAUUUGGAUUCUGACUACUCAUCCAGAUAUUCCCGGGCAAGAAAAGAUCCUGACAGUGUGGAAAGAAAGGCAUUGAGAAGUGAAAGGCAUGAUGAUGAAAACAAGGACUCUGGCUCCUUGUAUUUGUCCAGGACUGAGGUGAAGGAGUCAAAGAGUGUGCUUUCUGAGUCCAGGGAGUACUCUAGCCGUGAAAAAGAUGGUAUUCCAGCUAAAGAAGAGCUUUCAAAUGAAAAGAGUGAUAAAAGAGCAGAUGAUGACAGUGCCAUUAGACAGGCUUCUGACCCUUCAGCAACAUUGGAUAGUUCUGUCUCACUAACACUUUCUGGACGAGAGUCUUCCUCCUGUAAUGAAGUGCCAAUAUCACCAAAGCAAAGCCCCCGAGAGUCUCUUUCUUCACCAAAGCGGGCAGCCUCACCAAUCCAUUUGCAGAAUGAUCAGCCCUUGCACAGUAACAUCAGACAAAGUAGUGCAGGGAAAGCAAAACCUGAAUGGUUCCUUCAGAAAGAUUCAGAAGGGGACACACCAUCUCUUAUCAGCUGGCCCUCCAGAGUAAAAGUUAGAGAGAAACUGGUGAAAGAGGAAAGUGCACGUGGAAGCCCUGAACCUGUCACAGACAGUGUAUCUCAGAGAAAAUCCCAGCCAGUGUCAGCCCACUACAUGCCUCUUCAGACAGAAACGUCUGCCUUUGAUAGGGUUCUCAAUCAGCCCGUCAGUGCGGUCCGCCAACCAAUACAUGGGUAUAUUCAGCCUGCUGGUGUUGCACACACGGCUCAGCUGAUGGCAACAGAAGAACCAGAAAACAUCUUCAUUGGCAGCCGCCUCCUUCCAGACAGUGUCAGCCCCUUAACGAAAUCAGCAGCAGCCACUGCACCAGAGGGUGAAAAGAAGGAGGCGCUGGCUUAUGGAGCAAAGCCUGGCGAAGAAGAAUCCCCAGAGGGUGAGAAGGCUUCCAAAGGCAGAAGACCAAUUUUGCCAUCUGAGAUUCGCAAGCAAGGGAAGAGCCACGAAGGCCUCUUUGGAGGAGAAGAACCAGAUACCAGUGUGGGGAGCUCCUCAUCUGCAAGCAAGCCGAAGGUUGGCUCAGAUGUUCAGCAGGAGCAGGAAUGCAAAAAGAAGCAGGCGCCUGAGCAGCAGCUGAAGACACCUGAGAACAUGGAGAGGAGCGAAGCUGUCAUGUACAUACAGAGCGGGUCUGUAUCAAAGCCAGCCCAGGCAAAGGGCCCCGUUUGGAAGGUGUCAAAGCAUAAAGUCCUGACUCGCUCCAUGUCUGACUAUACUGUGCCUCCUAAGCUAGAAGCUUUUCAUAGUAAGAGCAUGGAAGCAAACGCAGCAAAUGGUGAGAUUGGCAUGGUUGACACAAAGGUCUCUGUUGCCCAGCUCCGUAAUGUCUUUCUGGAAACUGCUCAUGCCAACAAGAAAACGGACCUCGAAUCUCGGUUUGAGAUGUCAACGUCAGGCAGCGCUUUGUCUGCCGGUGGUGACCGUGAAAGAGGGCCGCGAAGGCCGAGGCGCUAUUUCACUCCUGGUGAAAAUAGAAAGACUUCUGAGCGAUUUAAAACCCAACCUAUAACGUCAGCAGAACGAAAGGAGACGGAUAGGUCUAUUAUGUGUGCUGAAAUACCAACUGCUGACGAUGAAGAAAAAUUAGAUGACCGAGCCAAACUAAGUGUAGCUGCAAAGAGACUGCUUUUUAGAGAAAUGGAAAAAUCUUUUGAAAUGAAGAAUAUUCCUAAACCACCUACGAGAAGCUCAGCGGUAGAGAGAAGAAUGCGGCGUUUGCAGGACAGAUCACACACGCAGCCUAUUACUAGUGAGGAAGUGGUCAUUGCAGCUACUGAAACUACCCCUGCUUCACGUUCUGUGAAUACCCACACAGUAGUGGCAAGAGUACCUAGUCCCACUCUAGUUAAGAGCACUGUACAACCUACCAGCUUGCAGGCAUCAGCACACCAAAAAAUACUAGCUAAAGAGGAGAUAAGAGCAGCCAAAGAGGCGAUGGGGCAAGAUCAAUCCGAUGAACCAGAUUCUUCCACAUUAAGCUUGGCAGAAAAGAUGGCUUUGUUUAACAAACUGUCUCAGCCAGUAUCCAGGGCUAUAUCCACAAGGAGUCGGGGAGAUAUUAGGCACAGAAGGAUGAAUACUCGUUACCAGACCCAGCCAGUCACUCUUGGAGAAGUUGAGCAGAUGCAAUGGAAAAAGAGUAAACCGGUGCAAAACGAAAGUGGAAAACUAACUCCCCUGUCAAGUACAGUUUCAACAUCAGUUUCAGCAAUGGCUUCUGCCCUUUCUGCACUGUUUGCUGGAGACAUGCAUGCGAAGUCACGUAGUGAUGGAAGUGUGAGCGCUGCCACAAAAGAUGAGUUGAGAUUCCAUGCUUCAGCAGAAAGCUCAGACUCAUCAGGAAAACGCACACAGAAGUCAGAACAGUGGCAGCCCUCAAUGGAAGUGCUGGAAAGCAAAAGAGCAUCAAAGAAGCAUGAAGAAGAAGGAAAGAGGUUUCUAGCACAUGAGGCUAAUGAAAUCAGAAAGUACAGCUCCUUUGAGGAUGAAACCACACAUCCUGUUCUUGAAAAAACAGGAGACUACCAUAAAGAGGCAGCCUACAGCUUCCUGAGGAAGGGCAGCAUGGAACUGUUUAGUUCACAACCACUUUUUCAGCCUCUUGAAAGGAAGGAAAUUGAUACCAUCAUGCAAGACCACGUGGAGCCUACCUCUGAACUCACCAGCACGCCAGCAACGAGGACGCUUUCCCAGACUACAGCUGCAGCAUCCUGUAGGCUACAGGAGCUGUCUGAACAACUGGAGGGAAAGUUCUACAAGAAUUCCUGUGAGAUGUUUUCUGCUGGAGAGAACAAAAUACAGACAACUGAGGAUGCCACCGAUAGCUCCAGCAAAACGAUGUCAAUUAAAGAAAGGUUGGCAUUGCUGAAGAAAAGUGGUGAAGAAGAUUGGAAGAGCAGGCUCAGUAAAAAGCAGGAAUAUGCAAAAGUGUCUGCCACUGAUCGUAGCGCACAGAUGCAAGAAGUUGAGCAGCUGUUGAAAAAGGAACCUGUAUAUGCUUCUACUUACUCUCCUGUUAUACCCGCUGUCCAUAAAUUUCAUCCUUUUCUACCUAUUAAUCAGCAGAGGAUAGCAGAUAAUCAGGAGAGUCAAAUGACUAUAGAAGAAAGAAAACACCUCAUCACAGCUCGAGAAGAAGCCUGGAAGUCCAGAGGUAAAGGCGCAGCAAAUGACUCCACGCAGUUCACCGUAGCUGGUCGAAUGGUAAAAAAAGGCCUGGCUUCUCCAAGUGCACUAACACCAGUAGCAUCCCCUUAUGGUAACAGGCAGAAGUCUACCACUCCGGUCACAAAGCCCUUGGAAGAAAUUGAAGCUAGGCCUGAUAUGCAAUUGGAAUCAGAUAUGAAGCUUGACAAGCUGGAGUCAUUCUUGGGAAGGCUGAAUAACAAAGUCGCUGGAAUGCAAGAGACAGUGUUGACAGUUACAGGAAAAUCUGUGAAAGAGGUGAUGAAGCUGGAUGAUGAUGAAACAUUUUCCAAAUUUUACCGCCGUGUGGAUUUCCCUUCCUCCUCUGUGCCUUUGGACCUUGAUGAGGACUUUGAUGCCAUCUUUGACCCUUAUGCACCAAAGUUAAUAUCCUCUGUAGCAGAGCACAAACGUGCAGUGAGGCCUAUGCGCAGGGUUCAGUCCUCCAGAAACCCCCUGAAAAUGCUGGCAGCAAGAGAAGAUAUUCUUCAUGAGUACACUGAACAAAGACUGAAUGUUGCCUUCAUGGAGUCAAAGCGAAUGAAAGUAGAAAAAAUGUCUGCAAACUCAAAUUUCUCAGAAGUAGCACUUGCUGGUUUGGCAAGCAAGGAGAACUUCAGCAACGUUAGUCUGCGGAGUGUUAACCUAACAGAGCAAAAUUCUAACAACAGUGCUGUGCCAUACAAGAAGUUAAUGCUGCUGCAAAUUAAAGGAAGAAGACAUGUUCAAACAAGAUUAGUUGAACCAAGGGCCUCAUCACUGAACAGUGGAGACUGUUUCCUAUUGUUAACUCCACAUCUCUGUUUCUUAUGGGUAGGAGAGUUUGCAAAUGUCAUAGAAAAAGCAAAGGCUUCAGAACUUGCAACUUUGAUUCAGACAAAGAGGGAACUUGGCUGUAGAGCUUCUUAUAUACAGACUAUAGAAGAAGGAAUAAACACCCAUACCCAUGCAGCCAAAGACUUCUGGAAACUCCUUGGUGGCCAAGCAAAUUACCAGUCUGCUGGAAGACCUGAAGAGGAUGAAAUGUAUGAAGCUGCCAUAAUAGAAACUAAUUGCAUUUACCGUCUUGUAGAGGAUAAACUCAUUCCUGAAGAUGACUACUGGGGAAAGAUGCCAAAAUGUACCCUGCUACAACCAAAAGAGGUGCUCGUAUUUGAUUUUGGCAGUGAAGUGUAUGUCUGGCAUGGAAAAGAAGUUACUUUAGCACAAAGAAAAGUGGCAUUCCAGCUGGCAAAACACUUGUGGAAUGGCACCUUCGACUACUCAAAUUGUGACAUAAAUCCUCUGGACCCAGGAGAAUGCAAUCCCCUCAUACCCAGAAAGGGACAAGGACGUCCAGACUGGGCUGUGUUUGGCAGGCUCACAGAACAUAAUGAGACCAUACUGUUCAAAGAAAAAUUCCUUGAUUGGACAGAGCUGAAGAAACUCAAUGAGAAGAAUUCUAGUGAAUCCCUUCACCAGAAGGAAGAAUCCAAAUCUGAUUCUAAACCAUAUGAUGUCAUGCUAAUGGUACCUGUGCCCCAAACUGCUGUAGGCACGGUUCUGGAUGGAAUGAAUAUUGGCCGGGGCUAUGGACUUGUAGAAGGAGAAGAUGGGAGGCAGUUUGAAAUUAUCACUGCAUCUGUGGAUGUCUGGCACAUCCUGGAGUUUGAUUAUAGUAGAUUGCCUAAACAAAGCAUAGGACAGUUCCAUGAGGGAGACACAUACGUGGUGAAGUGGAAGUACAUGGUGAGCACUACAGUUGGAAGCAGACAAAAAGGAGAGCAACAAGUAAGAGCUGUUGGAAAAGAGAAAUGUGUGUAUUUCUUUUGGCAAGGAAGGCACUCCACAGUGAGUGAGAAAGGGACAUCGGCACUGAUGACAGUGGAACUUGAUGAGGAGAGAGGAGCACAGGUACAAGUGCUUCAAGGGAAAGAACUACCAUGCUUCCUGCAGUGCUUCCAAGGAGGGAUGAUUGUGCAUGCUGGAAGAAGGGAAGAGGAAGAAGAAAAUGCACAAAGUGACUGGAGACUAUAUUGCGUGCGAGGAGAAGUUCCCAAUGAAGGAAACUUACUUGAAGUAGCAUGUCACUGCAGCAGCCUGCGUUCCCGGACAUCCAUGAUUGUCCUCAAUAUAAAUAAAGCUCUUAUCUACCUGUGGCAUGGCUGCAAAGCACAAUCUCACACCAAGGAUGUAGGAAGAACAGCAGCCAAUAAAAUAAAAGAACAAUGUCCGCUGGAAGCAGGGCUGCACAGCAGCAGCAAGAUGACAAUACACGAAUGUGAUGAAGGGUCAGAGCCUUUGGGAUUCUGGGAUGCAUUAGGAAGGCGAGAUCGAAAGGCCUAUGAUUGCAUGUUGCAAGAUCCGGGAAAGUUUAAUUUCACCCCCCGCCUCUUCAGCCUCAGUAGUUCUUCGGGAGAAUUCUCAGCCACUGAGUACGUUUACCCUUCAAGAGACCCUACUGUCAUCAAUUCUAUGCCCUUCUUGCAAGAGGAUCUUUACACUGCCCCACAGCCAGCACUGUUCCUUGUUGACAAUCACCAUGAAGUGUACCUGUGGCAAGGCUGGUGGCCUGUGGAAAACAAAAUCACUGGAUCAGCUCGAAUCAGGUGGGCUACAGACAGGAAAUGCGCCAUGGAGACCGUGCUCCAGUACUGCAAAGGAAAAAAUGUAAAGAAGCCCCCAAAGUCCUAUCUCAUUCAUGCCGGCCUAGAGCCUCUGACCUUCACUAAUAUGUUCCCAAGUUGGGAACACAGGGAAGACAUUGCAGAGAUCACAGAAAUGGAUGCUGACGUUUCUAAUCAGAUAAUCCUUGUAGAAGAUGUGCUGGCCAAGCUGUGUAAAACUGUGUAUCCCCUAGCUGAUCUCUUAGCCAGGCCUUUACCUGAGGGAGUUGAUCCUCUGAAGCUUGAAAUUUAUCUUUCAGAUGAGGACUUUGAGGUUGCAUUAGAGAUGACAAGAGAAGAGUACAAUGCGCUGCCAUCUUGGAAGCAGGUUAAUCUGAAAAAGGCAAAAGGACUUUUUUAAGCUGUAUCUAUUGCAUUGAGCACCAAAGGGAUGUCCGUUUUCACUUUCUAUGCCCUUUAGCAAAACUGUGCUCCACAUUUACAAAAUAAAUAGAAAUAAUCUGAAGUUAUUAGUGACUACCUAUCUGGAGGUGUGUAAUAUUAUAAAAGGCCAAGAGAACUCUUUGGAAAUGGAAUUCAAUUUUGACUUUGAAGGUAAUGUUUAAGCUCAGCUCUCCUAUGCACUUAAACAGUAGUUUCUUGAGCUACUGCCGUAGCUGUCCUUUGGCUAUCUCCAAUACUUGCCAUUUUUGUUUUUGAAGAAGUUCUCUUUGUAAAGUGUUAUUUUGUUAGUUUGUGGAUUACAAAGAAUUUAUAUUUAUAUAAACACAUAGAACAAGUAUGUAUUUAACAAUGCAAUAUAUAUUCACUUUCAAGACUUUAAUGUCAGAACUACAGAACAGUAGCUGGAUGGCAGUUGCUUGUACUGAAUUAGCUAUACCACCAAUAUGUAUCUCUUGUGCAUUCUGAAAAGUUUCUCUUUGCAAUAGGCAAUGAAUUGUUCUCAGUGCUGCUUCAGGUGCUAAACUGAACAAAGCGUUUGUAUUUAUAGCAUGGAUUUCUUGAGAAACUAUGCGAAUCAACCUUUAUACUUUAAUAUCCAAAAAUGUAUAGUGCCUUGUUUUUUGUGUACAGUUUAUAUACAAAAAAAGAUUGGUCUGCAUUUUGAAGAUGGCUCAGAAUGGUCUCCUCUGUUACUUUUAUAAUAGUAGAAAUAAAAACAUCUCAGUUUCUAAUACUUGUUGUAAACAUUAAACAUGUCUUUUGUGAUAUAAGAACUGAAAGUAAAAGCUUCCGAAUAAACUCUUAGCAAUGCUCUGACUUGUCAUUAUUUUGUACUGUAAACUGUACAAAUUCAUUGGAAUCUUCCAGAACGUGGUACCUUAUCAAAGUAUUUUAACCUUACGAAUCUGCGGGUGUUGUACAGUUGUCAUUGGAGAAGCAGAGAAUGUAGAAGAAAAACAUUGUAUAAGAUAAAAUUAGGUUGUAUGACACUUCCAUGCUGCAUGUUGGAACCAUCACACAAUUCCUGUAUCCUUCUGGUUGCGGUUUUAUACAUGAAACCAAAAUUAUUAUACUGAUUUUCAACCUCUGAAAACCUUUUCAAUCUUUGUGCAAUUGGGAGUAAAACUUGAACUGAAAAAGA